GCUAACAUAAAAGCAAGAAUCCUCCCCAAGAAAAUGGAGUUUGAACGAGGAGACAGGAGAUGACACAGCAAUGGCAAAUCGACAACCGGCUUCAAAGACUUCGCUAACAUAUUGCCAACUUUUGACAAAGGUUUAUUGAAACAAUGUGUGUCCUACCAUUUCAUCAAUUUUCCUGAGGAAUGGGGAGCGAAGAAGCUGUUCUACUUCAUGAGGAAGAUAGUGAAAGCAGAUUUCUAGAUGUUAGAGAUGGUCAAGAGAUGAGGAAGCAACUGGAAAGCAUAUGGAUUAGAAACAAAAAGGUGAUCUUCAACCUAGCUGUAGAAAAAGGAGAAGAGAAACGCAGAUGGAAAGCAAAAUCAGCAGGGGAAAAGGCAAACAUCAGCGAUAUAGAUCUGAAGGGUCCCACACCAUCAGAGGCAAGAAAUUACAUGAGGAACUCAAGUAGAGCAACGACUACGGCUACGGUUCUUGGAGGAUUCAAAUACAAAAAGGUGAUUGAGAUAAAAAGGACAGAGGAGAUUGAAGAAAAUUUAAUGAAGUGUGCUAUAGGAAUGGCUCUAUCUCCUUCCAUCAUCUCAAAUCUUCCAGAGAUAUUUUUCAAUGAAGAAUUUCCUUUGAUCAAAAUAACUCCCAUGGGCGAUAAUCUUGUGCUGAUAAAAGAGGAGAACCUGGAGUAUAUAAAGGAGCUAGUUCAUGGGAACUUACAAUGGGUGUCAUCCUAUUUUGAAAGGAUUAAGUUUUGGUCUCCAACAGAUAUUGCAGAAAAGAGAUUUGUGUGGGUCAAAAUUCAAGGAUUACCAUUGCAUGCUUCGACAGAAGAAAGCCUAUCAACAAUUGGUAACCAUGUGGGAAAAAGUGUCAAAGUUGAUGAACACACCCUUUCCAAAGAGUGUCUAGAUGUAGCGAGAAUCUUAGUCUCUACUAAAUCUAAAACAGGGAUUAAUGAAGAAUUCUUGCUCAAAGUGAAGAAUAAUAGUUACAACAUUACUUUAGUGGAGGAAAAUUGAAGAUCUGAUCCUUGGUGGCUAAAUAAGAUUGAUAAUUCCAGUGUAGAUUCAGAAGUAAGCUCAACGGCUUUCAAUUUCGGUGAUGAUUCUGGCGAACUUGAUGACAACUAUUCAAAUGGUCAAGAGGAAGAGGAAAUUCAGACACCUUUCAGAAAUGUCAAUGGCAUUAAUUAUCCUGACAAA